AUGCCAGAAACGGCGAGUGCCCCGAAAACCGAGCCAUCCCCCGGCGUCGCCGGUAAGGAAGCCGCGGGUCAUCGAACAGAGGGAAGCGAAGAGGUGCAAAUGCAAUGCUUGCGCCGUAAACCGCGAUACUCGCAACUCCCCGUGCGAUGUCAGACGCACCCUUACCGGCGGCCGGCCCCUCCAAGAAGUCCUUUUACCGCGGCCGGCGAUUCGCCCGACCCGAAGGUCUUCCGAUCGCCAUGUCCGCCAGGCUUUUGCUUUCGCGUUCCCGGAAUCGCGUCGAGGCCUGAAAGGAGCGCGUCCAUGGUCGACCUGUCCCCGAAGAUGAUCGGCGCGCCGAUCGCCGAGUUGAGGUCGAAGAGCAGCGCGACCUUGAGGAGGGCGGUCGAGGUCGAAGAGCGAAGGUUGAUUGCCCCGAGGUUUGAGGUGCGAGUGCGCGCCCUGAGAAGCGGGGCCGCGACCAUCGUCUGCCACUCGCUGGUCCUUAAUGCGUGGCGGUGCCGCCGAGAGGAGGCGGCGCUGCUGCAGCGUACCGCCGAGCGGCUCGGACAACAGGUGGAGCACCUGCGCCUACAAAUCGUGGUUCUGCGACGUCUCUUGGAGACCGAGAAUAGCCGGGUGGGGAGGUUGACCUCCGAGGUGCAUCGCGCCAAGGCGCAGCUGGACGAGGCGACCAGGGAGAGAGACGUCGCCCUGGCGGAGAAGAACGAGGUUCUGGACGAGGUGAAACGCCUGAAGGAAGCGGCCGAAGAAAAAUCGGUGGCCAAUGAGAACCUGAGAAACGAGCUUUUCUCCUCUCGCUCGCAGCUCGAAGGCUUGGAUGCGCAAAUCUCGAGAGACCGAGAGAAACUUCUCAAGCUGAGGGAAGACAAGAGGAUCCUCCUGGAAAAGGUUACAGCGAGCGAAUCAUUGGCUGCCGAACGUGGCAGCAGAGCCGAAAAUGCCGAGAGGGUUAUGGAAGAUCUGCAAAUAAAAUUGGCAGCGCAGACGGCACUCGCCGAGUCCUCUAGAGAAGAGUCUCAACGACGUUCUAGGGAACUGGAGGCGAAGGAAGCGGAAAUGCAGAAACUGGAAAGACGCUUGAGGAGUAGCGAAGAAACUGGACGAGCCUUGAGCUUGAGAGCUUCCAACUUGGAAAAUCAACUCAUGGACCGGGAGGCUGCACUUAGACGGAUCGAGUCUGCCUAUAGCAGACAACUAACGGAAUUAGUGGAACUUAAGGAACGUCUGGUUCGCCAGUCUCAAGAAGUUGGAUGGAGCAGUCGAGUUCUUCAGCUUGCUGGCAGCGUCGUCCGAGCCCCACGAGUCAUCCUGAGGACCUUAUCCUUCUUAUCGAGCUCGGGACUGCCACUUUCGUCCUAGAUGGAAAUUAUCUUAAUGGAAAUUGAUGCUCCGGGGUCGAAGAGUGACCACGAGGGACGAGAGAAUGAGGGAAUACGAGGGACCAGUGUUUUCCAUCUGAGUACUGGAAUGAAAGUCCGAUGGAUGAGAAAAAGGAGCGAUUUGCUAGGAUAAUUUCUUUGCCUUUGAGAAACGGGUCGAAGGGGUAACAAAGACGGUUGGAAAUCUAAAAAAAAAGUACUUAAAGUAGUCUCGAACUCUCCCUUAAAUUCACGAGCACGUAAAUGAGGCCUUUGUACGGCGUUAUUUUUCAUAUUUCUACCGCUUUUAUAUAAUACGUACUUUUAAUAAAGCAAAGUAGAUAAAGGUCUGCCGGUUCCGAAAAAAAUUCAACGGUUCCGGUCGAGUCUUAUUACGUACGUGAUUAUUUUUACUUAUGUAAGUAUGUACAUGUAAUCGAGAGGAUAAAAUCGAGAUAUACCGUGAAGUUUAUAAAUAAAUAUAUACAUACACUCGCAGCGAUUAAGUCUCGUUUCACGAACUUUAUUUAGCGGAUGAGGCGUGAAUGAAAUUGGACACCUGGGAAUAAUAACUCCGAGGGCUACGACGCGAUUUCAAAACGCGCUUGUAGACUUCCUCGUUUAUUAUCAAUAUUAUCAUCUAUACACUUAACUCUAACUCAAACCCGAAAUAUAAUACGAUCGAUUGCAUUUGCCAAAUUGCUCGCUGCGUGAUUGACACGUCGAAAAGACUGAUUUUCCGGUUAUCAUAAAAAUACUUCUCAUUCGUGCCCCGGCAAUCCAAACCGUCGACAAAUCAAUACGUCUUCGUAAAAGUAAUUCGCCGAGCCGCAAUUUUACUGGAGCCACUAUGAUGACACUUCUCUGUGCCGAUAAAUCGCGGUCUCAAAAGCCACGGCUUGGUGAUCAAAUAAACGUGGAACUUCUAAA